UUGACAUCGUCAUCUGUCGUCUGUAAUUUUUUUUGUGUAUUGAUUUUUCUCGUCGGACGCGAACAAGUUUUUCUUUUGUGAAUUAAAUAGUAGUUGAAAUAUAAAUUAAACAAAAAUAUGGGAGCAGCUUUUUUUCCUGUAUUAUUUUUCACCGCAUUCUGGGCAUGUGUUGGCAUCGGAGUACCAAUGAUGACACCAAAAGGACCCAAUCAGAGUCUCUUUCGUUGCAUUAUGAUGUUAACUGCAGCGACUUGCUGGCUUUUCUGGCUAUGCUGUUACAUGGCUCAGAUGAAUCCACUACUUGGACCAAAAUUAAACCAAAACACUAUAUACAUGAUUGCAAAGGAGUGGGGCAGUGAAUUAAAGGACGGUUAAAUGGGUGUAGUACAUUUAUUACUAUUUGUUGUAGAAAUGCAGACAUGCUUAUUUAUGUAAAUACUAUAUUUCCAAUAUUAAUUAUAGAAAAUUUAUUGUGUUAAGUUGGUCAUUCAUUAUAAGAAUUGGGCAUUCCACUCAUAUUUUAUCAAACUUGUUAACGAAUGCAUUCAAUUACCAUGAAAAUUUUAUCCGACUAUAAAUUAUACUUUAGAAAGCAAGUUUUUCAAAUAAUAAUCGGAAAAUGUAUUCAAGUGUAUUAAUAAAUAGAUGACCUUAUACAUAUGUUUGUACUGUA